AGAUGACAGGUAAAGCGGAUGCCAGCAACACUCCUCAAGGUCAAGACACUUUCCAUCCAAUCUCCUUAGGUGAAGUCCCCGAGAUCAGCACAUGCCCGCCUUUGAAGUUGUGCUUUGCGGACGAAAGCUCGAGUUCCUACCUCAUGGAUGGUCGCGAAUAUUGCUUCACAGCCGAGUCUCCCUCUUCACCAACAGAAUAUGCUGUUGACGGUGACGAUGAAGACAACAACGAAGAAGAUCUAGCAGCGACGUUGAAUGGCUUGGGUGCUCCAAUAUCACCCAUCGUCUCUGAGGUCUCGGUCUCAAAGUUGGCAGCAACGAAUAUUUCGUUUCCCUUGAAUAUGGAAGAAGACGGGAUGCUUCAAACAACUUGGCAAUCAAGCAUGAUUGCUAAGUUUGGUUCAGAAGUAGACUCCUCUUCAUCGGAUGGAGAACAAGACGUCAAGAUAUCUACAUCAAAACUCUCUGCGCGGAGUCUUGACACCUCUCAUGAUGACUGGGUUUGUGCUUGGGGAAAGGCCUGGGGUCACAACACAAGUGUACAAGAGCAGAAGAGGUUUGAGAAGCGGAAGAUGCUGAAAUCAAAGGGGGACCAGGGGCUGCGCGGAAGGAGCUUCACGAGAUCGAAUGCGACAGACUUGCAGACGAAAAGCGCGUCAGAUCAUCAGAAAGACAGGAUCAAGACGAUCAAGUCUCAGCUGCGCAAACAAAUUCAUGACACGUCAAUAUCGUUGGACGUCUCAGACAUGAAAACACCACGUUCAAUCAGCCUUGAAGACAGUAUGGCUAGCAGUCGCUCCACCAUCCGUCGACAAGUGAGAAGCAUGAUGAGUGACAACUCUGAUGAUAGCGAGCUUGAGCAUGAUUCUCUUGUGCUUCAAAGAAAGAGCACACCCGUGAAGAGUGCGGUGGUCGAACCGUCUGUCAUACAGCUCAACAGGGACACAUCGAAAACAAAAGUAGCAACGUGGUCUGUCGAAGCUAGGGUCAAAUCUAUACUUUCGUUUGACGACGACGACAACGACGACGACUAUUUCAACAGAAAGAGGCUACAGAGGAGACACUAUCGCAGAAUCCUUGAAGCUGUAAGAAAUGACAGCGACGAAGACUUGAGCAGCAAAUUUCAGAGGAAAUACUUUGCAAUCGGGGCUUGGAUUUGAAGCUGCUUGUGCCAGUAUUCUUCUGCAUUUUCUUCAUUUAUGAGAUCUCUUUACCGUG